CCUGCCCUCACGCGGUGCCCACGCGGUAUUCCAGGGAAGAACAAAGGGCUAGCGAAAAGCAGCAGAACAGCGAUUAUUAGGCUGGCAGAGCUGUUUGGCUUAGCCGCGCGUAAAUGAUACAGAGACGAACACCCAUCCCCCUGUUCUCUCCCUCGCGGGCACGCCAGCCAAAAAAGUAAAAUGGACCCAGAUUUUCACAUACAACCACAGCUGUCGCUUCUACUUUUUUUUUCUCUUCUCUCUACCAGGUUACUUUAACCCUUUAUACACAUACUGUGCACUGAAGGGUCAUAUCACUCGUGUCUAGUGGCUCUCGUCCAUACCAUCACAGAUAAUCCGGAUUAUUAUUCAAUAAGAGAGGAUGGUUUAUGUUAGUGCGUCCCCUAGAAAGAACAGUGACAGCAAGCAUGACGCGACAACCAGCGGUGGUGAUGGGGGAAGGCACAGCGCUGAAAGUAGCAGUAAGGGAGGUGCCCAUUCUCUGGCUUCGUCUCCAUACUCCACAGCAUCAUCGUCGACAUCCACGAUUGUAACGAUGGGUGAUGAGAGCGAGUCGUUGUCGUUGUCAUUUUUGCGGAAGAAGAAGCGGGUCGGAAGUAUCCAUGAGAAGGAGGAGACACCGGCUGGUCCUGCUGAGCCCCCAUCACCACCUCGCCUAGUUAGGAAGAAGUCUGGUGAGCUAGUUAAAUCGUCACUUAGGUUGAACUCCCUUGGUGGUGUCAACUCCAAAUCCAUGCCCACCACACCGACUUACAACAAGAGCGUCCAUUUCGGUUCGGAUGUUGAUGUUCGCUACUUUGACGAAAGGGAAAAGCCCACUGCUGUAAGCGCUGGCGGAUCGCCUGUAUUGAGAGGCAGACGUAAGAUAAUUGGCAGUGCAAGCUUUGAAGGAUUGUCGAACAAUUCUGAUACAGAGGAUGAUAGUGAUAUAUUUGACGAUGAGGAAAAAGUACACAUAUCGUGGGAUCUAUUCAACGUCAAUUUUAACAAGAUUAAGUACAAUGAAAAAUUUCGGGAAGGCUCUCAACUGUUUUUGGAAAAGUUGGUACUGGAUGAUGAUGAUAAAUGUAUCAUUGGGACCAUCGCGCUUAAAAACUUGUCUUUUCAGAAGGAUGUUCAUGUCCGGUAUUCAUAUGACCAAUGGCGCACAGUUAUUGAGAUUGAGGCCACUUAUGUACCCGAAGUGACAAAGAUAUUGAAGAGGGCAAACUUUGAUAGAUUCCGCUUCACCAUUCCUUUAACAAAGUUUGCCUUUCUACCCAACGACAAGACGGAGGUUUCAUUCUGCAUACGCUACCGAUACGAUAACAAGGAUCUCUGGGAUAAUAACUAUUUCAAGAAUUAUAAAGUGAUAUUAACGAGGUCAAGAAGAUUGAGGGGUUCGAGAAGUGCCAAGUUCUCGUUGAACGAUUACUUCAACUACGAGCACGACUAUUCAUUGCAGUCACAGAGCCAUUCGUUGAGUGUGGAUGACUAUUUUGGCAAUUACAACAGUUAUAACUAUCACCUCAAAUCACCAGAGACCCCCAAGGCCCUCAAGACCGAGGAAGGCACCUUCUUGGACAGUACGCCUGAUUUCAAAUCUUUGGAUAACAUUUCCCACUCUGUUGCACAGAUGUCAUUGUUAUCAAACGAUUCAAAGACAAGUCUUUUGGACUUUGACAAGGAGAAUCUUGGGGACGAUGCCCUGGGCCCUAAUGACGUCGGUUUGGGCCCAACUGACGUGGAGCGUACAUCUAAUGACGUUGCCGUGGUUAACAACGGCGUAAGAUCGAACACGAGCUCGAAGCCUAACAGGAAGAACAAACCGCCAAUGAAUUCCAAAUCGUACCAAGAGCUAUUGGACUCUUAUUGUUUCUUCACUGGAGAGAAGGGUGCAAGCAUUCCAAGAUCAUAAGAAAGGGAAGCAUUCACCUAGUAUCCAUCCGCCGGGACAUAACGCAUAGACAACCAAAGCGAACUCAGCAGCAACAAAAGAAAGAACACACGCACCAAAUCCACCCAGCCACAGUGUUAAUGUGGGCGACGUUCGCUAUCUCACG